AAAAUAAAAGUGAUAAUUCGUAUAUUUAAAUUUAAUUGAACCUCGAUAUAAAAAAAAAAAAAAGACUCUUCUGGACUCUCAUAAUCCUUCAUCUUCCCCAUACACAAACACAGCUAAAAAAAAAGAAGCCAAAACAGAGGGUUCAUAGCUCUCCACUGAGUGUAUAUGUGUGAGAGAAGUAAUGGGAUUUACAGCAAUGGGAUUCUUCUUCAUUUUAUUUCCAGAAGAUGAAUCCACCAUUAUCACCAAAAACAAGCAAAAAACCAAUCUUUCUUCAUUAAAAUCCAUUAAACACUCAAAUUCAACUCAUCUUUUCCCUAAAGCACAAUUUAUAAUCUCAAUUUGUGUUCUUCUCAUCUUCAUCACUUUUCUGCUCUUCACAAUCUCUACUUGUGAACCAUCUCCAAGAACACAACUUUCUAAAUCAAAAUUCCCACCAUUUCAACAACAUGCAUUGCAAGGAAUGGGUACUCUGUACAGAAAAGGAACAAGGUCCAUGAGUGAUUUAAUUGUCGCUCAUGUAAUUGAAUCUGUCACUCUACAAGAACUGAAAUUGUUCACUAAACUCAUUUACAGGUCCAAAAUCAGUUCAAAAUCCGACAUUUUGUUCAUAUUUCCGAUAAAGUCCAUUCCUUUUGAAAACACCAUUGUUGAAGAAAACACCUCGUUCUUGAAACUCAUCCAUGGCUACAAGGACAAUUCUUCCAAUAUCGACCCGACCCAUUUCUUGAUUUCAAGUAAUAAAGCGAAUAGAAGUGAAGAACCCAUCUGGGGUCGCAAAAAACAGAGCAAUUUCAGAGAAGAAGACGACAACAAAACUGAGUCAACUCGGUUUAGUUAUGGCUCGGUUGUUGGGUUUUACGCCGAUGAACUUGACCCGGAAAAUUCAUUAUCCGGGUUUAUGGAUCAUGUUUCAAUGAAUUUAAGAAGAUGGGCUUGUUAUCCAAUGCUAUUUGGUCGAAUCAGACGAAAUUUCAAGCAUAUAAUGUUAGUAGAUGUGAAGGAAAUGUUAGUACUCGGUGACUCACCGAGUCGAGUAAAGAAUCUGAGUCAUGACUCAGUUCUCGUUUUUCGAAGAAAAAACUUCCAAAAAAAUCACAAAAAACAAGCAAACCCAGAAAUUAUCAUAGGUGGACUAAGAGGAAUUAGAAGAUUAUCAAAUGCAAUGUUAAUCGAAAUCGUUCGAGAAUCGAUGCAGCACAAGAAGAAGAACUCGGUUACUGAGUCAACUCUGUUCAAUCAACUCGUUGGAAAUGAGUUUAUAAUGAAGAAUGUGGAAUUAAUUUCGGGCGAGUCAAUUGUUGAACUGAGUUCACUCACUGAGCUGGAUAAAAAAACAGUUUCUUUAUUAAUAUCAAAAUUUUCAAUAAUUAGGCGUGGAAAUAGUAAUGUGGAUAUUAUUUCUGUUUUUAAGAAGUAUUUGUGUUCAUUCCCUUUGGAUUCAACAGUUUAUAGUGAUUGUUAAUUAGUGUCUAAAUUAAUUAGGAAAAAAGGGUUAAUUAUAGGAUUAUGUUUAAUUCUAUGUUUAGACA